CACUGUGACGUGAGUAACAAACGAAGAUGUCAAUAGGACCGAUCAAGUGGUAUAUUCUCGCAUUAUUGGCAUUCGUGAAUGGAGUGCUUGCAAAUCCCGUUGUCAAGCAGGAUGACGACUUCACCAUCACGAUCGUUCACACGAACGACAUGCACGCGAGAUUCGAGGAAACGUCGCAAUUGUCGACCGCGUGCACGCCGAAAGACUCCAAGGAAGGAAAGUGUUACGGUGGUUUCGCCAGAAUCGCAACACUAAUCCGCCAAGCGAGGGCGCAAGGGCCGACGAUUUUCCUGAAUGCCGGCGACACUUUUCAAGGGACAGCGUGGUACAACGUGUACAAAUGGGUGGCACCAGCGGUAUUCCUGACUUUCUUGGAACCGGACGCCAUCAGUUUGGGUAACCACGAGUUCGACGACGGGAUCCAGGGUCUUAUACCGUUCAUACAGAACGUCACGUUUCCUAUCGUAACGUCGAAUCUGGAUCUCAGCAUGCAACCAGAUCUGCGAGAUACGAAGCUGAAGAAAAGCACGAUCCUCGAGGUGAACGGCCGGAAAAUCGGUGUAAUCGGUUACCUGACGCCUGAAACGAAGAUCUUGUCGACCACGGAGAACGUGAUCUUCAAGGACGAGGUAGAAUCCAUCCAAAAGGAAGCUAAAAAGCUCAAGGCUCAGGGUAUCGACAUUCUCAUCGCUCUGGGUCAUUCCGGCUACGAAACCGACAAGAGGAUCGCCAAAGAGGUCGAGGAUAUCGAUUUGGUGAUUGGCGGUCACACGAACACCUUCUUGUACGAAGGUACGCCGCCGGACUCCGAGGUACCAGAGGGUUUUUACCCUACGGAGAUAACACAGGAAAGCAAAAGGAAAGUCUACGUUGUUCAGGCGUACGCCUACACCAAAUACCUAGGUAACUUCAGCGUGAGCUUCGACGCGAGCGGGGAGGUGACGCACAUCAAGGGAAACCCGAUCCUGGUCGAUUCCACUGUGAAACAGGCAGAAGAUGUCCAGGAAAUGAUAAUACAGAUGAAAAAACCUAUCGAUGAGUUAAUGAACAUAACGAUCGGAAAAACACGAGUACUCCUCGACGGGGACAGCAAGAAUUGCAGACGGAAAGAGUGCAAUUUGGGAAAUUUAAUCUGCGACUCUAUAAUCGAUUAUUACGCUACUCAGUACUUGGCUAAGAAAGGAUGGACGAAUGCUGCCAUUGCGAUUCAAAACAGCGGCAGUAUCAGAACGUCCAUCACUAGAGCGAGAGGAGAUAUGAUCAACAGAGGUGACAUUAUAAGCGUCUUGCCUUUCGGUAAUGUAAUCCAAGUGGCUACUAUGACGGGAGAAAAGAUUCUUGAGAUGCUCGAGUGGAGCGUCUAUAAUCUUGGCAAUCGGACCUCCACCGGCAACUUGUACGGCGCGUAUUUGCAAUUUGGAGGACUGCAGGUGGUCUAUGACGAGACUCAGCCGCAAAACUCGAGGGUGGUUUCCGUUCAAGUUCAAUGUGCCGACUGCGCAAUACCAUCGUACAGUGAGCUUCAGACGAAUGCCACUUAUAAGGUCCUUGUGAACGAUUUUAUCGCAAAGGGCGGAGAUGGUUUCCAUAUGAUGGAAGACCUCGAAAUACACUCAUUAGGCAUCACUACGUCGGACGUGUUGGAACAAUAUAUCUCUAAACACAGCCCGAUACACACGGGCGUAGAAUGGCGAAUUUCAUAUGCAAAUGAUGCAAAUGAUGAAAAAAAUAACAAGACAGAAUGCCCUAAACAAUGCCCUAAAGAAAAGAAAUGUGGAAAUCACGGGACGACUUAUCAACCGAUUGGCUUGACGAUUCUCUUGCCAAUUGUUUCAUGGUUAUUGGCGAGAUAACGAGAAUAAAACGUUAUCAACUGCGAUCGCUACACGAGCGUGUAUAAUUAAGUACAUUAUAGUUCAAAUUACUCCAUAGACAACAUUUCCUACUAUUCGACUACCUCAAUAAUAUCUGCGAAUUAACAUAGUUUUGUAUAUCUUCUUGCGCCGUAUAUUUACGAUUCAUGAAAAUCGUACAUAGGAUAACAGAAAAGUAAAAAAGGUAAACUUGAUAUGCAAUAUUGUCCAUCGCAACUUUAAUUUUUCAAAAUAUUAUACAUUUAACAAAUAUAGUGUCAUCUUUAAACAUUUUUAA